UGCGGCGCUAUGAUAAUGGCACUUGAAAAGCAUUCCUGUCGUCAAUGCUGCUUGCCGAGUCUCCCUGAUUAUAGGGGGGAUCAUCAUCUAUGAACUUACGCAAUGCGGCGCGCCCCUGCACCUGAUUGACAAGUAAACGAUGGACACGAAGGUUGUCAUAGAAGACAAGCAGAGACUUGUCAAGUUUUAGGUGCAACACUUCUUGACGCCUCUUCUCCCCCACUUACGGAAGGAAGGCCAGCAGCCAGUAGCUUUGAUUGUGUUGCUUCAAAGAUUUGUCAUUUUUAAGGAGAAACGAUGGCCUACUUUCUGUGUUCGGCGCCGCUGUCAAGCGCGCAGCUCAAGCAGCUGGAGGUGUACAGGUACAGUCCCUCGGGUCGCUCUUUGCUGGAGCCGCCGUGUCAGAUCUACUGGAACUGGCUGGUCCGGCAAAUCCCUAUGUGGGUGGCCCCCAACGCGCUCAGUAUGGCGGGCCUGUUGGUCAACAUCGCCUCCACGCUCCUGCUCGUCUUUUUUUGCCCCACGGCCACGGAGGAGGCUCCAGCAUGGGCUUUCGUCCUGAGUGCUCUGGGUCUCUUCGUGUACCAGUCUCUGGACGCCAUCGACGGCAAGCAGGCCCGCAGGACCAACGUGGAAUCGGCCCUGGACGAGCAUUUUGACCACGGCUGCGACGCCGUCUCCACAGUGUUUGUCGCCGUGGGCACGUGCAUCUCCUGCGGCAUCGGCCGAUACCCGCACUGGACAUUCUUCUGCGGCUUCAUCGGGAUGUUCAUGUUCUUCUGCGCCCACUGGCAGACCUACGUUUCAGGGACUGUUCGCUUUGGCCUGGUGGAUGUGACCGAGGUGCAGUUUGCCAUCAUUGUCAUGUACCUGAUGUCCGCCUUUGGUGGGGUGAGCCUUUGGCAAACCACGCUGCCCCUCAUUGGACUGCAACUCUACGUCUUCCCCGUCAUGGGCAUCAUCGGCGGGGGCCUCUACUCCUGCCACAACAACUUCCACGUCAUUCUCAACGGCGGUGCGGGUAAAGGUUUGACUCCCGGCUUGCACAUAGGCCUCAUCCUCACGCUGGCCUUCAUCAUCUUCAAGAAGUCGCCUAGUCAGCUGUUUGAGCACCACCCCUGCUUCUACUUGCUCGCCUUCGGCAUGGUCAUCGCCAAGCUCUCCAACAAGCUUGUGGUGGCGCACAUAACCAAGAGCGAACUUCACCUGCCGGACACGGCCUUCGUCGGCCCGGGCCUCCUCUUCCUCAACCAGCUCUUCGACAGCUUCGUCGACGAGUACGUGGUCCUCUGGAUCGCCACGGUGCUCUCCUUGGCGGACCUGACGCGCUACUUCACGGGGGUGUGCCGUCAGAUCGCCGGCCACUUGGGCAUGCGCGUCUUCAGCAUCACGCCGCCCGACUCCGCCCACCGCGACUGACGGCGAGGCGGACCCUUCCCCGCUCCUGAAAGCAGACGACGAACUUGCCCAAAGACAAAACAUCUGGAAAAAGUUCUUCUCAAACGACUUUUUAAACUGGUCAAUACAAUGAAUGUGAUCCAUCAGUGAGUGAUUAUGAAGAUUGAAAACCCAAACAA